CUCAAGAUAAUGUCAGCCCUGGCAGAUGUAGUUGCAGUUGGCGCGAAUGGAGGAAACCCCUUUAAUUUUAAUGGCACUGAAAAUGGAUCCACAUUGCAAAAGAUCUGGGUGUGGCUCGGUGACUGGCAAGUGAAGGCCAUAAAGGUCUGCCUUACUGAUGGCCAGUCCAAGCAGUUUGGUGUACCUGCUGGGGAUGUUAAAGAGUUUAUAUUUGAAGAUGGAGAGCAUUUCACCUCCCUUUCACUAUGGGCAAAUUCAAGGGGAACACGUCUGGGUGCCAUCAAAUUCAAGACAACUCACUCCAGGGAGUUCUAUGUAAAGCAGAGAAGUGAAGGGUUGAACCAAGAAGUUCCAGUUGAUGUUGCUUCUGGGAUCUGCAUGGGAAUCACAGGGCGUUCAGGUUCAGAUAUUGAUUGCUUCGGCUUCAUAUUCAUUAACACGAUCAAGUCUACUAAGCUUACAGAUGUUGAGUAUCCUACACUUAAGGAAGUGAUACCCAAAACUCAAGAAUACAAAGUUGAAACCUCCCAAAAAAUAACACAGAAAUCCUUCUGGUCAGUUACCGGAAAAUUGGAGUUGACAUACACCCUGGAAGUGAACUCAGGAAUCCCACUGAUUGCAAAGAAAAAAUCAAACUAUGAUAUCAAACUUGGUGUUGAUGGUACAUAUGCUUCAGAGAUCAGUGAAGAGAGAAUGGAGCAUUACUCAUUUCUUGUUAAAGUCCUUCCAGGUAAAACCGUGGAUGCGGACAUCACACUUGGCCAGGCUCCAGUUGAUCUCCCCUUCAAAGGCAAAGUCAAGAUUACGUGCCAUAAUGGUGGUGUGCUGGAAUUUAAAACCAGUGGAACCUACAAAGGUGUCACUUACACUGCUGGAGAUGUAACUGUGACUGAAUCAGCCAAAAACCUCGGUGGGGCCUCAAAAUCUGCAACGUUUAUUCUAAAAAUGUAA